AAUUACACCAGUGCAGUCGAGUCUUCAGUACGUCCGGCAGCCGAUUCCUGAGUCAUCUUCCUCCGUCUGUGAUACCAAUGGCAAACGGAGCCACACCAGCUCUCCUUAUCAUGCGUAUUGCUGCUGUUCUGCUGCUGCUUUCCACAACUCCUGUUCUGCAAGGUGGGAUGCAGGUGGUCGUCGGUCAGGGUCUUCCGGGACAGAUGACAUGGUGCGUGGCAAAGCCUUCGACGGUAGAUUCCGAUCUGAUCAACAUCAUCGAGUUUGCAUGCUCUCAAGCGGAGGUCAACUGCAGUGUGUUUAAACCAGGAGGGCCAUGCUCUCUUCCAGACACCUACAUUAACCACGCUUCCGUUGCCAUGAACCUGUACUACCAAGCCAAAGGGAGGCUCCCUCACCUCUGCUACUUUGGGGGCGCCGGCCUCAUCGUCAUUGACGACCCAAGCUAUGGAAGCUGCAAAGCUUAAACUUCAAGUUCUCAAGGGAAGAAAAGAAGGGUUAUCUGAUCUGCUGUUUUAAACCCCCUCGUGUUUGUUACUUAGAACUCAGAUUACUAUGUAAUAAUGAUUGAUGAAGGAGGAUUCGUGGUGAUGAACGUCUCCUUUCCUUUGUCUUCUGUUGCUUUUUCGCUACGUAAUACUUACUUCGUUAUAAAUUUGUGGAAUAGCAACUCCGCAAGUUGCUGAUUUUCCCCUUUUGUCAGAAUAAGACCUUCCGAGUUUCA